GAUGCCCGACGUCCCUGCCGCCGGCCCCUGGCUGGCGCUCCUGCUCCUGCUGGCCGUCCAGACAGGUGUGGCCAACGGUGCCAUUCAGCCGUGGCACUGUGCCCCGUGCACCCCGGAGAAGCUCGCGCUCUGCCCACGCAUCCCCGACUCGUGCAUGGAGAUUUCCCGGGCCGCCGGCUGUGGCUGCUGCCCGAUGUGCGCCCUGCCCCUCGGCGCACACUGCGGGGUGGCCACGGCGCGCUGUGCCCGGGGACUGAGCUGCCGCGCGCUGCCCGGGGAGACGCGGCCUCUGCACGCCCUGACCCGCGGCCAGGGCGCAUGCAUGCGGGAGCCCACAGCCCCGCCCAGCGGGAUGGCCUCCAGUUCACAGACCUUUGGUGCUUCCUUUGUAGUGAUCAAGACCACAGAGGCUCCAGAGACCCCUGGAAGCACAGAGAUGACAGAGGAGCAGCUUCUGGAGAGCUUUCACCUGAUGACUACCUCUGGCGAGGACCAGCCCAUCCUGUGGAAUGCCAUUAAUAUCUACAAGGGCAUGAGGGCCCGUGACAUGGCUAGUGCCAGCAAGUGGAAGCCCUGCCAACGAGAGCUCUACAAAGUGCUGGAGAGAUUAGCCCAACGACAGAAAGCAGGAGAAGAAAUCUACAAAUUCUACCUACCUAACUGCAACAGGCAUGGAUUUUAUCACAGCAAACAGUGCGAGUCCUCCUUGGAUGGAGAGGCAGGGCUGUGCUGGUGCGUCUACCCUUGGAGUGGAAGGAGAAUUCCCGGGGUGCAGGAGCUCAGAGGGGACCCUGAUUGUCAACAAUACUUUAAUCUACAAAACUGAGAAAAGAUGCAGUUUGUGUUCAUUCAGGCAAAAUAUUUAAGUAUAUAGUGUAUUUAUACUCUGGAACCACACGUGCACAUUUUAUAUGUGUCUAUGUAUGUAUAUAAAUAUAUAUAUAUAGGAAGUACUUUUUAUACUCCAUAUAUUGCUUGUUAUAUAAAGUUGGCUCGUAUUUAUUCACUAUAAGUUUAUUUUUCUACACAGUAACUUGUGCCAAUAUUUAUAUAUCACGAAACACCUCUCAUUGCUUGAUGUAUAUGAAGUUGUAUUUUAGCUUUUCCAAAGUACAUGCUUCUGUCUAGAAAAUGCAGAAGUGAAUCGGAAGCAGUGGCUUUUCCUACUGGCUUUUAAAGGUGCAUAGUUAACCUGCACUUAAGAUUGGUUUGCCCUGUCCUUCCCGCAUCACUGAUGGAAAUGUGCAGGGCAAGGGAGCAAGUGACGAUGUUGAUCAGGUAGUGGAAGCUGGAGGUGGUGAUG